AUGGGGAAAAGUGGACAGAGAACUGGAAUAGGACACGGGGGUUGCAGCUUGAUGAGGAUGUGCGCCACGCCGGGGAUCCUGCUUCUCCUGGUGCUCAUUCACUCAGGAGUCGCCCAAGUGAGAGACGAUGAUGAUUUCCUGAGUCUGAGCGAGCUCCCAGAAACCUUCCCCUCUGACCCCCCAGAGCCUUUACCUCACUUCCUGUUUGAACCAGAUGAAGGCUACAUUGUCAAGAAUAAACCUGUUAAUCUCUACUGCAAGGCCACACCUGCAACACAGAUUUACUUCAAGUGCAACAGCGAGUGGGUCCAUCAGAAGGACCACACUGUGGAGGAGAGGGUGGAUGAGAACUCAGGUCUGGUGGUGAGAGAAGCCAGCAUUGAAAUAACACGACAGCAGGUCGAGGAACUGUUCGGUCCAGAAGAUUACUGGUGCCAGUGCGUGGCCUGGAGCUCUGCUGGGACCACCAAAAGCCGCAAGGCACAUGUGCGCAUUGCAUAUCUGAAGAAGUCAUUUGAACAGGAACCCCUUGGGAAGGAAGUAUCUCUGGAGCAGGAAGUGUUGUUACAGUGUCGCCCUCCGGAGGGCAUACCGGCUGCUGAGGUGGAGUGGUUGAAGAACGAAGAGAUAAUUGACCCAGCAGAGGACAGAAACUUUUAUAUCACCAUCGACCACAACUUGAUCAUCAAACAAGCACGUCUGUCUGACACAGCCAACUACACAUGUGUGGCAAAGAACAUUGUGGCCAAAAGACGUAGCACUACAGCUACUGUUAUUGUUUACGUGAAUGGUGGUUGGUCGACAUGGACGGAGUGGUCAGUGUGUAACAGUCGUUGUGGGCGGGGCUUCCAGAAACGGACACGGAGCUGCACUAACCCCGCCCCUCUCAAUGGAGGACUCCCCUGUGAUGGACAAGCCAUACAAAAAUUGCCAUGUACCACUCUUUGCACUGUGGAUGGUGUGUGGACAGAGUGGAGUAAGUGGUCGGCCUGUGGGACAGAGUGUACCCAGUGGAGGAGGAGGGAGUGCAACAACCCAGCCCCAAAAAAUGGAGGGAAGGACUGCGAGGGGCUCGUACUCCAGUCUCAGAACUGUACUGAUGGACUUUGUAUGCAAAGUUCAUUGUUUCAGAAGUCCACUGAGAGCAAAGAAAAGAGUGAUUUGGGAUUCACAUCUGCUCCAAGCACCGAUGAUGUGGCUCUGUAUGUGGGUAUUGUAAUCGCAGUGAUUAUGUGCCUGGUCAUCUCUGUCAUCGUGGCGCUCUUUGUCUACCGCAAGACACACCGCGAUUUUGACUCGGACAUCAUCGACACGUCAGCACUAAAUGGAGGAUUCCAGUCUGUUAAUAUAAAAACAGCCAGAUCAGCUGAUCUACUGACAGCUCCUCCUGAUUUGACAAAUGCAGCUGCCAUGUAUCGUGGUCCAGUGUAUGCCCUCCAUGACGUGUCAGAUAAAAUCCCAAUGACCAACUCUCCACUCUUAGACCCUCUCCCCAACCUGAAGAUAAAAGUCUACAACUCCUCGGGUCUGGUUACACCGCAGGAUGACCUCGGAGGAGACUUUACAUCGAAACUCUCUCCCAAGGUAACUCAGUCUCUGUUGGAUAACAGUGACACCAUGAAUCUUCGCAAUCAGAGCUUGGCCCGAACACGAGACCCUUCGUGUACGGCUCAUGGAUCCUUCAACAACCAAGGAGGACAUCUCAUUGUACCGAACUCUGGUGUGAGCUUGUUGGUUCCAGCGGGUGCUGUUCCUCAGGGUAGGGUAUAUGAGAUGUAUGUGACUGUGCACAGGAAGGACAGCUUGAGACCCCCGCUAGAGGACAUCCAGACUGUACUGAGCCCAGUGGUGAGUUGUGGACCUCCAGGUGCCCUGCUGACCAGACCAGUGAUCCUCACCAUCCACCACUGUGCUGACAAUGUCCAGGAAGACUGGCUCAUACAACUGAAGAACCAACUGGCCAUGGGAGAGUGGGAGGAUGUGGUGGUAGUGGGAGAGGAGAACUUCACCACCCCCUGUUACGUGCAGAUGGAUUCAGAGGCAUGCCACAUUUUAACGGAGACACUGGGGACUUACUGCCUGGUGGGCCAGUCAGUCAGCACGGCAGCUGCCAAGAGGCUCAAAUUGGCUGUUUUUGGACCUGUGUCCUGCACAACUUUGGACUAUCACAUCAGGGUCUAUUGUCUGGAUGACACACAGGAUGCACUCAAGGAGGUACUUCAGAUGGAGACCCAGAUGGGAGGAAAGCUACUGGAUGAGCCAAAGACUCUGAACUUUAAAGACAGCACACACAAUCUGAGACUUUCAAUCCACGAUGUGCCACAUACACACUGGAAGAGCAAACUCAUCGCAAAGUACCAGGAGAUCCCAUUCUACCAGGUGUGGAGUAGCAGUCAGAGAACUCUUCACUGUACCUUCACCCUGGAGAGACUGAGCUCAGCCACUGCAGAGAUCAGCUGCAAACUGUGUGUACGGCAGGUGGAAGGAGAGGGACAGAUCUUUCAGCUCAGCAACACAUUGGAGGAGGAGGUCCAAUGUAUAGACACGUCCCUGAUGGACCCUGCCAGUAAUAUAACAACCUUAGUGGGACCCAAUGCUUUCCGCAUUCCUUUAUCCAUCAGACAGAAGCUCUGCGGCAGUUUGGAUGCACCACAGACAAGAGGCAAUGACUGGAGGAUGCUGGCCCACAAACUCAACCUUGACAGAUACCUGAACUACUUCGCUACCAAGUCCAGUCCAACAGGGGUGAUCCUGGAUCUCUGGGAGGCCCAGCAUUUCCCCGAUGGAGACCUAAAUGAACUGGCGGCUGUGCUGGAAGAGAUGGGUCGUCAUGACAGUAACUUCUGCUCCAUGACAACAGAACACUGA